GGGGGUGCUCACUGCUCAGCGAUGUGUUAUGAUUCUUCCCUCCUCCCUACUCCCUCUCUCUAUCCCUCCCUCUCCCUCGUUCUGGCUCUGUUGCCAAGGCUACCAUAUAGCCUCUUGCUGCAUAUACCUAGACGAGGCUGUCGCUUGUGGAUCUUUCGCUCUCCUCCAGGAAACAAACAAAAGAAAACCCGUCACAUACACUAUCUCUCUCACACACACACACACACACACAUACACACACACACACACACUGAUAAAGGAAAAAAGUAUUUUCAGAUUGCAUUGUGUUGAGAGGGAGGAAGGAUGGUAAUGUGAAGAGAAACCCAGGACUGAUUCAUACAGCAUGGCCAACAACUGGUGGUUGCCACAGGAUACAGAAUUUGACUUGAUCAUGUGAUCUGUCCUCCUUCCUGUACCCUUAGACCUUCCAGAGGGGCAUCAUGACCAGACGACUGAGCAGCUCGACUCGUUCCCAGACGGAGGACUCAGUCUUCCUAAAGCCAGACGAAGACCCCAUAUGGCUGGAUGACCCUCCAACGACAGACGGCGACCCCUCUCAACCAGGAGAUGGCCCCCCAGGCCUUGAUGAACCCCCAGGACCAGGGACAGGUCCCCCAGGGCCCCAGAGACACCCAGAGGAACUGUGGAGGGACAAGUUUUACACCAUCGUCAUGGGGAUGCACUGGUGUGCCGUGUUCUGCACAAUUUCCCAAAUCACGGGUUAUUGGGUCUUCUUCCUGGUGGAUGGUAAUGGGCUUUUCUCAGCCUUCUACAAAUCCCUGCAGCUCCUAGACUUCUACCUGGGCGUCCUCCUAUCAUUCAACCCUGUUUUUGGAGUGGACUCCCUGUGCGUGAUGGCGGAGGUGGAGAAAACCAAUCACUACUGGGUCCUCCAGGCCACCGAAGGCAUUGGCAUGGCUAUCAUUGUCUUCAUGAUCAUCCGCACUGUGUGUAAGUUGGAGUACGGUGAUGCGUGGUGGUCAGCGGCGAAGGUGGCUGACCAUGGGGACAGACGUCAGUCGGUGAGUCGCCAGCCUUCCUUCACCCUGUCGGAGUGGACAGACGCCCAGGAGGACCUGAUGGACCUGGAAGCUGAACCCCAGACCCCCAUCUUUGACCUGGGCCUGGACACCAGGACAGAGGGGGACAUCACCACCCUCUCUGUUACACCUGUGGGCCUGCAGGAGAGGAGAGGCUCCAACGUGUCUCUGACCCUGGACAUGUGUUCUCCUGGCUGUACGGAGCCCUAUGGCUACGGAGCCCAGCUCUCCCCCAGAGACCAGACUGCCAAGGAGUACCUGAGGGAGGGAACAAACACUCUCACCCCUAGCCAGCUCCACACACGCGCUAUAGACGACCAGGCCCUACAGGCUGAGUUCUAUGAAACUCCCAUGAACUUUGUGGACCCAAAGGAGUAUAACUACCCGGGCCUGGUGAGGAAGAACCGCUACAAGACCAUCCUCCCCAACGCACACAGCCGAGUGAUACUCCGGACAGCAGAUGAAGAGGAGUUCCUCAGUACCUACAUCAACGCUAACUACCUACAGGGUUACGGGGGUGAGGAGCGGGCGUACAUCGCUACCCAGGGUCCUACAGUGAACACAGUGGGAGACUUCUGGAGGAUGGUGUGGCAGGAGCGCUGUCCCAUCAUCGUCAUGAUCACGAACCUAGAGGAGAAGAAUGAGAAAUGUGCAGAGUACUGGCCUGAGGACUCUGUGACCCACGAGGGCAUCGAGAUCAAGGUUGUCACGGUAACCCAGGAGGACGACUACAGCCUGAGGGUCUUCACUCUGAAGUUUGAUGGAGAGGAGCGCAGCCUCCGGCAGUACUGGUACACCUCCUGGCCUGACCAGAAGACCCCAGACAAAGCCCCGCCCCUCCUGGAGCUGGUAGAGGAAGUGGAGCAGGCCAGAGCGGAAGCUCCGCCCACCAGCGGCCCUGUCAUCGUCCACUGCAGUGCUGGGAUAGGUCGGACAGGCUGUUUCAUCGCCACCUCCAUCCUGUGUAAACAGCUGAGGAGUGAGGGCGUGGUCGACAUCCUGAAGACCACCUGCCAGCUCCGCCUCGACAGAGGCGGGAUGAUCCAGACGGGUGAGCAGUACCAGUUUGUUCACCACGUCCUCAGCCUCUACGAGAAGCAGCUGUCCCACAUUGUAGAGGAGUAGAGACACACCACUGUACCUACUGUACUGUACACUGUACCUACUGUAUUGUACAAUGUACCUACUGUACACUGUACCUACAGUAAUGUACACUGUACCUACUGUAUUGUACACUGUACGUACUGUACACUGUACCUACUGUACUGUACACUGUACGUACUGUACUGUACACUGUGCCUACUGUAUUGUACACUGUGCCUACUGUAUUGUACAAUGUACCUACUGUACACUGUACCUACUGUACUGUACACUGUACCUACUGUACUGUACACUGUACCUACUGUACUGUACCUACUGUAUUGUACACUGAUAGCUACUGUACUGUACCUACUGUACUGUACACGGUACCUACUGUACACGGUACCUACUGUACACUGUACCUACUCUACUGUACACUGUACCUACUGUACUGUACCUACUGUACUGUACCUACUGUAUUGUACACUGAUAGCUACUGUACUGUACCUACUGUACACCCAUCUCAAUGUCACCCUUUAGCACACACAACCACAAAAACAAUAACAGACUAUGUCAGCCUCAUCCAGCCCCCUUUCAUUUCAGAGGCCCACGUACGAGAAGCCCAAUCCUGACGUAAAUUCCUUAAUUCGGCCAGAAUUUGACUGAUUUGAUUUGCAGACCUAAGAGUAGCAAUAACUACAUGUCUGUCUGGCCCCACUUCUAACGCAGACAUUUGUUGUCACACUUGGCAGAGGUCUGUCCAGUAGGAUAUUUGAUAAGAUAUGUCCCGUCAAGUGCCAUGUUAGAUUAUUCAGACUUCUCCAGAUAAGGAAAAAGUCCAGCCUAUAUUCACGGUGUUGUAAAACAACCUCACAGUGAGGGACCACCAGUUCAUCUGAAACGUAAACCCUCCAACUAGCUUUUCUCUCCUGUUACAACAAAACCAUCUCCAUACGAGCAAUAGACGUAGAAAAUGUCAAUGUUCAAAGUCUUGUCCUCACUUGGCCUCUUCAAAUAAACACAGUACAGCAGGCCUUUCCAAACUCCUGGUGCUUCUCAGGAGCCACCUCAUCUUCAGGUUUCAUGGUGCUCCGUGUUCAUUACCACUGACCGAGGCAUGUGCCAUAGAUCUCUAUGGAAACACCAAGGAAUGUAACCGUUGGGUAACUAGGCAUUGUGUGCAGUCUCUUCAGUAUUACAGUACCGUGCGUAUGUGCAGUCAGUCAGUCAUCAUGAUCUCCAUGGUAAUUCAUCAGACAUCAUAGCCUCAUAGACUUUCACCGGCGUUGUCAGGUGACCACCGAGACUUGAGGGAGGGAGGGGGGGGGGGGGGGUGCAUGUCUCAACUUCUGAGUUCACACAUGAGAAGUAAUGACUGGCACAUACAGUAGCAUAGGAAUCCAGAGACAGAGGUGCGGAUCUACUAGUGAAACCUGCACAUGUUACUUUUCCCCUCUCGUGGGAGUCAAAUAGCCUGGGUACCAGUCUGUUUCGGCUCGCUUGCCAAACUCCUUAUGGUAUUGUCAUGUUUUGUCAAUUCAAAUAUAGUCUGCAACAACAACAACAACAACACAGAUCUGGGACCAGGCUAGAAGAUCAACAUGAAAGUGCAAAAGGGUACAAAUGUAAAAAGGUUGCAGGAAGAAACAAAACCUCUAAACUGGACUUGAAUGGUUUAGCUUUCCUUUACACAUUAUUAUUCCCCUCUAACAAAGGAUCCAGGUGUUAAUGAUGAUGGGUAAACCUGACCUUCCUGACCCUGCCCAUCAGCGCCCUCUCUGUGGGGUUGGGAUGAUGAUAACCUCUGCUGACAACAGUACCCUGAACACGUUAGCAGCCCAUGAUUGUUGUAUAGACAGGCCAAGCCUACUCCGUAUAAAGCACAAUAGACCAACUAUGGUUGUCUCUCUGAUGUUCAGCUGUAAAAUGGUUUGACUGUGUUGACUUAAAUGGAUUGCAUGUGCUGUAUGGGACUCUCAUAUGUCCGUAAUCAAAGCGAAAGUGAUUGGUUGUCCAGCUUUCUGUUGUAAUAAGGGUUCUCCGAUCAUCUUGCUCUCUGCCAAUGCUUUCUGUUGUAAUAAGGGUUCUCCGAUCAUCUUGCUCUCUGCCAAUAAUUUCUGUUGUAAUAAGGGUUCUCCGAUCAUCUUGCUCUCUGCCAAUGCUUUCUGUUGUAAUAAGGGUUCUCCGAUUAUCUUGCUUGCUCUCUGCCAAUGCUUUUGAUACAGUUUGCUUUUGUGAAACCAACCAGAGAUAUUUUUAGAACCGUUUUUUAUACAAUCCUUUCGAGUAGAUGCCUUGUGUAUAUUUUCCAUUUACACCACAAUGGAAUGUAGCUCAUACUGUGGUCAAACCAUUGGUUUAUAUCGCAAGAUUUGACAGAAACAAAUGUGACAACUACCCAAGUUACCUUACAACAAAAAACCAUUGAUUGUUUUGUCUUCAGUAUGACUUUGAUGCCUCUAGGCUUCAAUAUGCUUUCCUUUGUGUGUCCUUGAGGUUUUUUCUCGUUUUCUUUUCUCGUUUUACCCCAGACCCAGUUUUUACACAGUCCUCACACAUUCCCCAUCUGUGGUUUCAAUUGAAUUCAAUCGCAUAUAAAGGAAAACCACACUAUGGGUUCACUCUAAAUGGUUAUGCCAAUGACGAACAGCUUCCGGGCCAGGAUUUGAAUGUGGUUGACACCUCCGAUACUUAACAUUGACCGACGGCAUGGUUUCCCCUUGGCGCGUAAUUGAUUGCAUUGUGGCCUGUGAACUCCAGGCCAGACUGACCUCACAUCGACAUGAGAAAUAUCAACUACGCGUAGGACAGCUAAAACAAUGGGAUUGGAAGAAACCUCUAACGACUCUCAUCUUGAUUGAAUGCAACUGGUCCAUUACAGCGAACACCCAGCAGGAGACAAUGUCACCGGUUUGUUUUAAAUGGGCAUCUCACAAAGUCAAAAUGAGCAUUUCAUCCUCUGAUUGAAACAGCCGUGACAUGUUGAGUUUUUGCAGAUGGAAAAAGAGCUGAAGUGGAACCGCUAGGAUCUUGGAGAAGUUGGAAUUCAACUAUGAAAUCCUUUCCUGAUAACGCUCGUUGCAGUUGAUUCAACUGUUUUAUUUUAAGUGCUUGUUGUCUGUGCUGCCAGGUCUUAUUCUGGUGAUCAUAGUGAGGGACAAGAUCAUUGAAAUAGCCAACCCAGUGAACAAAAUUGGUUGAAAAUACUUUGAAUAUGUCUUUUUGGUUGAAAAUAUGUCUUCUCAAACAAUUUUGCUCACUGGGGAAACUAUCAGACAUACUCCAACCAACCAGCAAACAGCCUACUCUCCUCUGCUACUACAGUAUUGCUUUUAAAUUGUGAGUUUUUGCAUCCAAAUAAAAGUAGAUUUUCAUGAA